AUGGGGAAGUUCCGCGUCUCCAAGAAAGGGGACAACCCGUUUGCGCUCCCGAAGCGGAAAGUGCCGAAGAAGCAGCUUCCCGGCGAGUCUGAGGCCAACCGUCGCAAGAAGGAGGACGCCAGACAAAAGGAGGCCGAGGCAAAAGCUGCCAGAGAGAAGCGCAAGGCCGAGGAGGCCGCGCGACCACCCGGCAAGAAGCUCGGCCCAGGAAAAGCACGCCUGGAGAAGAUGGUACAAGAGGGGAAGGUCACCAAGACGGACCAAGAUGUCGAAGAGCUCUUGCAGUGCAAGGACGAAGUUGUCUGCGCCCUGGCGGACGUGCAAGACGAGGCCGAGCUGCGCAAGAAGUUCGGGCCUUCUCAAGGGACCUCCGGCUAUGGCAAGGAGUUCUUUGAAGCCUCUUGCUAUCGCUUCCGGUAUAUGCAGGCAAAGGACGGUACCCCUGUGGCGCAGAUCUACAAGUGGCCCUGGCCUUGA